AUGGCGAAAGACAAGAAGAAGAGCAAAGAAGUGGUGAAGAAUCCGAAGGGCACGCGAGACUGGUCUGGUGAGGAUAUCGACCUGCUCAAAGCUAUCAGGAGGCAGAUCGAGAAAGUAUUCGAACACUAUCGCGGCCUAGAGCUAGACACUCCAGUCUUUGAGCUGCAAGAGGUUUUGAAAGGAAAAUAUGGCGAAGAUUCCAAAUUGAUUUACGACCUGCAAGACCAAGGCGGCGAGCUCCUGUCACUACGCUACGAUAUGACGGUCCCAUUUGCCAGAUGGCUGGCCAUGAAUCCGGAUAUUGAGACUUGGAGGAGAUACGCAAUAGGCAAGGUCUACAGGAGAGAUCAACCUGCCAUCUCGAAAGGGCGCAUGCGCGAGUUCUGGCAAUGUGACAUCGACUUUGCUGGUGAAAGUGCCCCGAUGUUUAAUGACAGCGAAAUGAUCUCGAUCAUCGUCAAAGUCUUUGAAACCCUAGAGUGGAGUGGGAAGUACACAAUCAAGAUCAACGACCGAAGAAUAUUGGACGGGCUGUUUGAGGUUUGCGGUGUUCCAGAGGAAAAGAUCAGGACGAUAUCCAGCGCAGUCGACAAACUAGACAAACUGCCGUGGGCAGAAGUAAAGAAGGAGAUGGUCGAGCAAAAGGGGCUAGAAGAGUCAGUCGCAGACAAGAUCCAGACGUACGUCACCAGGAAGGGAGGGGAGGAGCUAUUGGAGGAGCUGCAGAAAGACGAGGCUCUCAUGAGCAAUCCCAAGGCCAAAAAGGGCAUUGAAGAGAUGGGGAUUUUGAUGCGCUACCUCCGGAGAUGGAAGGCUCUUGACAAGAUAUCCUUUGAUCUAUCACUGGCGCGCGGCCUUGACUACUACACAGGUAUCAUCUACGAAGUUGUCACUGAGGGUUCUGCCCCUACGCGCACACCUGCUCCGGCGACCGACCCUGCACCUCCCAUGGCACCUGUUGCCACGAAUGGCGCACCCAACGGCAUUCCUAAGAGGGAAAAGAAAAAGGUCUCUGAAGACGAAGACAGAUCUGAAGACCCGUCCGUGGGUGUAGGAUCGGUGGCUGCGGGUGGUCGCUACGAUCACUUGGUCGAACGAUUCCGCCCUGAGGCCAAUAUUCCCUGCGUUGGGGUGAGUUUUGGCAUUGAUCGCAUAAUUGCCAUUACGAAAGCCAGAAUUGCAAAAGGCGAAAAGUUCAGCUAUAUCACACGCAACAGGACCGACGCAUAUGUCAUGGCAUUUGGCGGUUCUGGCUUUGGAGGAAUGUUUGAAGAACGAAUCGACAUUCUCGUUGCUCUGAGGGAUGCUGGCAUAAGAGCAGAGACUUUCUGGAAACAGAAGGCGAAGCUGCAACGACAAUUCAAAGAGGCAGACCGUGCAGGGGCACCAAUCGCAGUCAUCCUCGGUGAAGAUGAACAGGCCCGAGGUGAGGUCAAGGUCAAGCAAAUGGGUCUGGCAGAAGGCGACCCCGAAAAGGAAGGUGUGCUUGUCAAGGUCGAGGAUGUCGUUGCGAAAGUCCGGCAGCUGCUGGCAAAGAUAGACGAGUAA